AUGGAAAUAUCUUCUCGUAGGGAGUUAGGUAACAACCAGAUAAAGGAGCUACCACCUGGAGUCCUUAAUAACAAUUCCGAGUUGAUCAAACUACAACUUGACAACAAUAACCUAGAAGAGUUGCCAGAGGGUUUGUUCGAUGGUUUAAGAGCACUGAAAUGCUUGAAUUUGGGUAACAACCAGAUAAAGGAGCUACCACCUGGAGUAUUCAAUAACAAAUCGGAGCUGGUCGGACUACAACUUGACAACAAUAACCUAAAAGAGUUGCCAGAGGGUUUGUUCGAUGGUUUAAGAGGACUGAAACGCUUGAUGACCCACACCCUUUGCACCAUCAUAUGGCUCGUCGGCUUCCUCCUGGCAUUCUUCCCAAUGUUUGGCCUGAGAUACUUCGAAGAUUUGAAAACAUAUCACAAUUACUAUGGGAAAAGUGUUGUCUGCCUUCCCUUGCAGCUCUCUCCUGACAAAACUGCAGGUUGGGAGUACUCUGUUUCUGUAUUUGUUGGCCUCAAUUUCUUCCUCUUCAUAUUCAUCACAGCUGCAUACCUCGGCAUAUUCAUAAGCAGAGUGUGGGUUAAAAAUCAAUCAGCCAAUACAAGGAGGGAGACAGGUCUUGCCAAAAGAGUAUUCUUCAUCAUCUUCACUGAUUGUCUCUGCUGGAUACCAAUCAUCGUAUUUGGUCUGAGGUCGCUUUUGGAGGAGAAUUUCAAACCACCAGGAGAUCUGGCUGUGUGGAUUGCCGUCUUUGCUCUGCCCAUCAAUUCAGUGAUAAACCCGAUUCUUUACACAUUAACAACACCAAAGGUGCAAGACUAUUUGGGAGGCAAAGUAGCAAAGCUGAGAAGCUUCUUACGCAGCCUUUUUCACUGCAGUGAAGAGCAAGAGGGUAGUUAUGCUUCUUUUCCCAUUCUUUGUAUUACAAGUUUAAAGAAUAGAAUCAUGAAG